AUGGCCAACUUUAUCGAGGUCGUCGAGGCCAUCAUGACCCCCUCGCUCACCACCAUCAUCAUUGGCGCUAUCAUUGUCCUCGGUGCUCCCAUCAUUCUUCACCUUCUCCUGACCGGCUCAAAGACAUAUACCGUCCCUCCCAGCGUCCUCCUCGUCGGUCCCGCCAACGCUGGCAAAACCUCACUCCUUACGCUCUUUGAGCGCGGCGCCACUGGUACCGAGACGCACACUUCUCAAGUGUCGCACGACGUCGAGCUCAACGCUUCUACCGAUUCUGAGCACAAGCACUCGUACCGUAACCACGAUGUUCACGACGGCACCUACACCAAGUUCCUUCUCAUCGAUACCCCCGGACAUGGCAAGCUGCGAAACGUGGCUGAGGGCAAGCUGAACCGCACCGAGAAGCUCAAGGCUGUUGUCUUUGUCGUUGACGCUGCUGCUAUUGGAGAGCCCGAUGUUCUUGCGCCCACCGCUGCGUACCUCUACGAUGUCCUGCUAUUCUUGCAGAAGCGCGCCACCACCAACACCAAGUCCAAGACUUCGAUCCCAAUUCUCAUCGCCGCCAACAAGAUGGAUCUCUUUACUGCGCUGCCAUCGACUCUCGUCAAGACCAACCUUGAGGCCGAGCUGACGAGAAUUCGUGCUUCACGAAGCAAAGGACUUUUGGAUUCCGGUGUUGGAUCCGACGAUAUCGGUUCUGAGGAACAGGAUUCUUGGCUGGGCGAGUACGGUUCUUCCAAGUUCACCUUUAGCCAGCUCCAAGAGUUCGACAUCGAUGUCGAUGUUCUCCCCGGAAACGUCACUGGCGAUGGUCCUGGCGCAGACAAGUGGUGGUGGUGGAUUGCUCAACGCAUAUAA